UGUGACAUUUGGGCUGCCAGAGCCCCGUCACAAGGUCAAAGGGCCCCCCUCGUGCGUGCGCGUGUAAUGGAGAUGCAGGAGAGCAGCCGGCCGAGCUUCUCGUGUGAUGCGUUUGCGUGCAGCAAACAGGAGCAAAAGCGCACGUUUGGUGCGAGCGAGACCAUUUUCCCGUGGAUGAAAGAGUCCAGACACGCAAAGCACAAACACGACAGGAGACUCGCAGCCAGUACCGAGGGACCCAGCUCGACCACCCAGGCCUGCAAACGGACGCGCACGGCGUACACGAGCGCGCAGCUGGUGGAGCUGGAGAAGGAGUUCCACUUUAGCCGCUACCUGUGCAGGCCCAGGAGGGUGGAGAUGGCCGGCCUGCUCAACCUGCACGAGAGGCAAAUCAAGAUCUGGUUCCAGAACCGGAGGAUGAAGCAGAAGAAGGACCAGCGCGUGCAGCAGCGGCAGCAGGGCCUCGCCUCGCCUUCCUCGCCCCGGUCCUCCCCCUCCGCCCCGGGCAGCCCCACUCUCUCGAGCCUGGGUUAUGUGCACGUAGGCGGGGGCGACUGCCAGCCGGCCUCGCCUCGGCUCCCGUUCGAGCCACACCAGCGGCGGCCACCGCAGAACUACCCCGACUAUCCCGCCGCGAGCUUCACGCACGAUCCGCAGUUUGACGUGCACUAUGACACGCACGGCACGGCGCACGCGCAGGGUCCAAAUGAGGAUUUCCUUGCUUCUUUUUUGUCACAAAGCUGCAGCCCCCAGGACAGAAUCAUGCUCGCUCCUAAACUGACACAUCUGUAG